UUGUCUCUGAACACAUGAUUUGGCCAUGGAAAAAGGUGAUGCUAGAAAUAAGGGGAAAGUAAAAGCUGGGGUUGUAAUGUAAUUACAUUGCAUGAUUGAUAGCAAAAUAAAAACAUCUCUAGAGACCACCUCUAGUCCAAACAAAACACUUGCUCCUUUUUAUCAGAUACAGAUCUUUGCUUCUUGUUUACAGAAUUUUGCAAGAAACAAUAAUCAUACACAACCCUCUUUCAAGAACUAAAAUACCCAGUUCUUCCUUCACUCUUGAUGAUUUUCUUCUUCUUUUUAGCCGGGACAUGCUCAUUUAUUGUCUUGGUUCUGUAGUGACCAUUUGAUCUCAUUUUUAACCUAAAAAUGAGGGCAACUGAAAGGAAACAAGUCAAAUCAGGGAGAGAAGAAAGAUUGUAGUAAAAGCCCCAAGUUAUCAUUUUGAUCACUCAAUAAAUAUUUUCUUGCUUAAGCAAUUCUUCUGGGCCUGCAAGAAGCUAUUUUUAUACAUACAGUGGAAAUGAGGAAACAUGGAUGGCAGCUUCCUUACCAUCCUCUUCAGGUAGUUGCAGUUGCUGUGUUUCUGGCAUUGGGAUUUGCUUUCUAUGUGUUCUUUGCCCCUUUUGUUGGAAAGCAAUUUUAUCAGUUUAUUGUGAUGGGGAUCUACACUCCCUUGAUUGUAUGCGCGUUUGGACUCUACAUAUGGUGUGCAGCAGCUGAUCCUGCUGAUCCAGGGGUUUUUAAAUCCAAAAAAUAUAUUAAUUUUCCGGAGCACAAAAAGCAUGACCGGCUCCAAGAAUCAAAACUUGGUGGCGAAUCAACUUCCUCAAUCCACGAUGCAAAUGCUGCAACAACUGAAUUGAAACCUAUGGACAAAGAAAUGAAGGACAUAAAUGCAGCAUCAGAGGAUUGUACUGCUGAGAUAAAAAAGACAGGUGCUGCAUCUCAACAGUCUUUGUGUUCCAAGGUCCUGUUGGCUUUGUUGUCUCCAUGCGCUUAUGUGUGCAACUGCUCAAAUCGAUAUGAUAAAUCUUCUGAACAGCAAGCUAGUGAAGAUGGAAUGUUCUAUUGCAGUCUGUGUGAAGUUGAGGUUUUUAAGUACAGCAAGCAUUGUAGAGUUUGUGACAAAUGUGUGGACCAUUUUGAUCACCAUUGCAGGUGGCUCAACAACUGUAUAGGAAAAAGAAAUUAUCGGAAGUUUUUCUCGCUCAUGGUUUCUGCCCUUCUGCUGCUUAUACUUCAGUGGUCAACUGGAAUUUUUGUACUGAUUCGCUGUUUCCUUGAGCACAAGAGAUACUCUGCAGAUAUAGCCACUAAGCUAGGAAGCAGUUUCUCUAUAGUACCAUACGUUAUUGUGGUGGCAGUGUGCACCAUCUUGGCAAUGAUUGCUACUCUGCCAAUUAUUCAGCUUUUCUUCUUUCACAUUCUUCUUAUUAAGAAGGGUAUCAGCACGUAUGAUUAUAUCAUAGCUUUGAGAGAGCAAGAACAACAAGGAUUUGGAGGUCAACAGAGUCCUCAGAUGUCACAAGCCAGUUCCCUCACAGGGUUGAGCAGUGCAAGCUCCUUUAAUACCUUCCAGCGAGGAGCUUGGUGUACUCCACCACGACUGUUUGUCGAAGACCAGUUUGAUGUAGUUCCUUCUGACACUAGAUCUGUAAGUUCCCUGGGGAAGAAGACAGUGGGAGAAGAGACGAAGAAAAAGAGUAACGCACCAGUAAAGAUAAGUCCAUGGGCAUUAGCUCGGUUGAAUGCAGAAGAUGUUUCAAAGGCUGCUGCAGAAGCAAGGAGAAGAUCAAAAAUCCUGCAGCCUGUCGCGAGAAGGGAUGUCCCUUACAGGCAUGAUAGGGACAACAGCUUUGGUAGCAGUGACCGCCACAUGUAUGGCAGGCAGGACUUUAAUAGGAAACGAGGCAGUAAGCGAGUUCGACUUCCUGCAGACCUACCUUUAGAACCAUUGGCCAAAGUUUCAACCGAUACUGCUGAAAGCAACAUUACCGAGACAUCAACUAGUUUAGCUCCUCUUCAAUUCGAACCACGAAGUGCUUUCAGAACAAGCCUAGCAAUGUCAAAUGCACCAGGAGUUGUUGCAUCUUCCCCUGAGAGUAGUUUAGACUCACCAGAUCUUCAUCCAUUUGGGAUCUCAUCGUCAGGACUUGACGAGGCUAGGCGUCUGACAGGACCAUCAUCCGAUGCUCUUCCCCUGCCAGGAAUCCCUCUAUCCAGAUCAGCUAGUGACGGAUACGAUGCAUCUGGGGGUGAAGACAGUGACCGGGUUCCUUCCAGGACUGUUCAAAGGUCCACAAACUGGAGUAACGUUCUCUUCAACUCCGAUCAGGAGGAGAGAAUCACUAGGAUUAAGGGACCAGGUUCUUCGUCAGGCUAUGGUAGCAGCAGAAAGCUUUAAACAUUGGCAAAGCUGAAAAGCAAAUUUUGCUUUAAAUAUCUUGCUUUGUUGACCACGAAGCCAUGUUAGCCUGGCAAAAUCGCAUUGCCUAUUGGGAUCAAAAUGACAACAGCCAUACAUUCUCAUUUCGAAUGUAACAUUGUUUUGUUUACAGUUGCCACCGUUUGACAGAUGAAAGGUAAAGUGAAAAUGAAAUAGCUGAUGUUUAUGAA